AUGCCCUCAGAGCGGAACGACAAGUCUCCACCGGAUGGCUCGAACGCCAGUGCCAAUGCCGCUAUCGCCGAUGCGCCGUUACCCCGUCCUGUUGCAAUAUUCGCAGCAGGAUUGGGUCUCCGAACUUCAUUCACGCCUGAAGGUCGAGGGCUCCUCAUAGAAGCACUCAGCACGACCACAGCCACGGCACUGUACAUGGCUCGCCGCGGCGUCGCAGGACUUGGUCUUCGCGCUCCAUUUACUCAAGAGGGCCGCCUCCGUAUCUUAAUUGCCUCUAGCAUCAGCAUCACCCUCCUGACGAUCUACAAUCGUGUGCGGCGCCAACCUCUAUUGCGCCUUACAUCUGAUGCCGUGGUAUGGGGUUUCGUUCCCCACGUUUUCUGGCAGGAGUGGGAGUUGCGGGAAAAGAUCGCCCCGCUGCGGGGUUGA